CCCAAAUAUACACUCCUCCGUAAUAUGCCAGAGAAGGAUAAGCUUCGUAAGGCUAUUCAGUUCCUCAAGGCCAACCCAGAAGAGACUCCUGCGACUGCAGCACGCGUAUAUUGCAUACGAAAUAAAGAUAUAGUAAGGAAAGCAUGGCAGAGAGAGAGGAAGAAAAUGGGAGCAGUAAACGGACAAUGGGGAGAUAUCAUAUGCGAUUAAUAGAGGGAAG